CCGAUUUCCCAGCCGGAACGUUUCUGCGUGACUGCAGCGCGCUGCGGAAGAACGUUGGCGGCGCUCCUUUAGGACUAGGCGGCGCUUCCGGCAGAGAAUCGUCGCCGCAAAAUUGAAUGCUGAAUAAUACAUUUUUAAAAAUAUGGAUGAAGAACCUGAAAGAACUAAGCGGUGGGAAGGAGGCUAUGAGAGGACAUGGGAAAUUCUUAAAGAAGAUGAAUCUGGUUCACUUAAAGCUACAAUAGAAGACAUUCUCUUCAAGGCAAAGAGAAAAAGAGUAUUUGAGCACCAUGGACAAGUGCGACUUGGAAUGAUGCGCCACCUUUAUGUGGUAGUGGAUGCAUCAAGGACAAUGGAAGACCAAGAUUUAAAGCCUAAUAGACUGACAUGCACUUUAAAGUUGUUGGAAUACUUCAUAGAAGAGUAUUUUGAUCAAAAUCCUAUCAGUCAGAUUGGAAUAAUUGUAACUAAGAGUAAAAGAGCUGAAAAACUGACUGAACUCUCAGGAAACCCAAGGAAACAUAUAACAUCUUUGAAGAAAGCUGUUGAUAUGACCUGUCAUGGAGAACCAUCUCUUUAUAAUUCCCUAAGCAUGGCUAUGCAAACUCUAAAACACAUGCCUGGACAUACAAGUAGAGAAGUCCUAAUCAUUUUUAGCAGCCUUACAACUUGUGAUCCAUCUAAUAUUUAUGAUCUAAUCAAGACCCUAAAGGCAGCUAAAAUUAGAGUGUCUGUUAUUGGGUUAUCUGCAGAGGUUCGAGUUUGCACUGUACUUGCUCGUGAAACUGGUGGCACAUACCAUGUUAUUUUAGAUGAAAGCCAUUACAAAGAAUUGCUAACACAUCAUGUUAGUCCUCCUCCUGCCAGCUCAAGUUCUGAAUGCUCACUCAUUCGUAUGGGGUUUCCUCAGCACACCAUUGCUUCUUUGUCUGAUCAAGAUGCAAAACCCUCUUUCAGCAUGGCGCAUUUGGAUAACAACACUGAGCCAGGACUUACAUUAGGAGGCUAUUUUUGCCCACAGUGUCGUGCAAAGUACUGUGAACUUCCUGUUGAAUGUAAAAUAUGUGGUCUUACUUUGGUUUCUGCUCCCCAUUUGGCUCGGUCUUACCAUCAUUUAUUUCCUUUGGAUGCUUUUCAAGAAAUUCCCCUGGAAGAAUUUAAAGGAGAAAGAUUUUGUUAUGGAUGUCAGGGGGAGUUGAAAGACCAACAUGUCUAUGUUUGUACUGUGUGCCAAAAUGUUUUCUGUGUGGACUGUGAUGUUUUUGUUCAUGAAUCUCUCCAUUGUUGUCCUGGCUGUAUUCAUAAGAUUCCAACUCCUUCAGGUAUUUGAUUCUAGCAUGUAGUACAUACUAUGUGUGCUAAAAAGAAAUUUGUAACUGUAAAUAAAAUGAUUCUUUAGAAAAACAA